AUGAGUCUGUUUUUUAGUUCUUGGCUCUCUUCCAUUGAAACUACUACUAACUGCUUUACCAACUCAUCCAGGAUUUUAAAUAUAAAUACGAAAUACUUGGUUUUUGAUCCUGUCAAGAUUACUGGAACAGGCUUCUGCAUGUUUGAGCACGGGUUUUUGGGUAUCUUGCCAGCCAUUCCCAUGUGAAAUUCAGGCACUGAAGCUUUUUUGUGGUCAUUGCCUGAUACUUUUGACCAUUGUCUGAUUAUUCUUGCCUUCAUCGCUUCUCUGAACUAG